GAAGGACGGCGUCCUGGCGGCCGUGCUGCCCCUCCCCUGAUCCCGGUGCUCCUCGGGGGCCGGGCUGGGGCGCUGCGAGGGCGCCGGCAGUGUGCUGCUGUUCUUUAAGGCUGAAGGCUAAGCAUGGGGAAGAGUUGCAAGGUGGUCGUGUGUGGCCAGGCAUCUGUGGGCAAAACGUCAAUCCUGGAGCAGCUCCUGUACGGGAACCAUGUAGUGGGUUCUGAGAUGAUCGAGACCCAGGAAGACAUCUACGUGGGCUCCAUUGAAACUGACCGGGGGGUGCGGGAGCAGGUGCGUUUCUAUGACACGCGGGGGCUCCGGGACGGGGCGGAGCUGCCCCGGCACUGCUUCUCCUGCACCGAUGGCUACGUCCUGGUCUACAGCACGGACAGCCGAGAGUCCUUCCAGCGCGUGGAGCUGCUCAAGAAGGAAAUCGACAAAUCCAAGGACAAGAAGGAGGUCACCAUCGUGGUCCUCGGCAAUAAAUGCGACCUGCAGGAGCAGCGGCGCGUGGACCCCGACGUGGCCCAGCACUGGGCCAAGUCGGAGAAGGUGAAGCUGUGGGAGGUGUCUGUGGCUGACCGCCGCUCCCUCCUGGAGCCCUUCGUCUACCUGGCCAGCAAGAUGACCCAGCCCCAGAGCAAGUCCGCCUUCCCCCUCAGCCGUGCUAUGCCUACCGGCCCUGGAGGCUGGGACACUGCUCUCCGACAACCGCCAGGGGGCAGGAGUGCGCUCUCCACUCUAGUUGCCAGAAUGGCUGCUUAGUGCCCAGCGGGGAACCUCACACCCCUGGGGGCUGGUCUUCACUCCUUCCUGUGGUUGUUUUCAGCUCUUGGCUGGACUUUAUUUAUAAAUUUACCUGUUAUCAGUUCGUAUGCUGCCAUGGUGAAGGCCGGACAAGGUGCUAGCCCUUCUUACCUCAGAUGCCUCAACAGAACAAGGCAAACAAGUAGGAACUUCUCAGGAGCGGACAGAUCUGUUGGGGCUCAGAAGGGUGGUUACACUCUCAACAUGCUGUAAGGUGAGCUCACGACCCACAGCUCCCUGGGCCCGCUUCGUGCUUCUGAUGGGCACCGCGACCCCAGGUGAGCCCCUAUAGCUGGGCCACCUCCAGUGCACGCCCCUUUCCCCAAACAGGAGAGGUGAGCAGGGGCAGACGGUCCCAGGCUGGGCAAGUCAAGUUAGGGCAUAUACAGGCUCGGGCUUAAAGUUCAUUUAUUGAUGCAUUGGACACAAUAAAACCACAACUGUUAUCAAAAAGUUUCCCUCCCAUUCGCC